AUGAACCGCCGCCGGCGCAUUUAUGAAGGUAAAGGCAAGAUUCUCUAUGAAGGUCCGGAACCGGGAACCCUGGUCCAGCACUUCAAGGAUGAUGCGACCGCCUUCAACAACAAGAAACACGAAAUAAUUGACGGCAAGGGUGUGCUCAACAACCGCAUAUCCGAAUACAUUUUCAACCACCUGAAUGCCAUCGGCAUCCCGACUCACUUCAUCCGUCGCAUGAACAUGCGCGAGCAGCUGAUCCGGGAAGUUGAAAUCAUUCCGCUGGAAGUCGUCGUGCGCAACGUUGCCGCCGGCUCGAUCGCCAAGCGUCUGGGCCUGGAAGAAGGCACACAAUUGCCGCGGUCCAUCAUCGAGUUCUACUACAAGAACGACGAACUCGACGAUCCGAUGGUUGCCGAGGAACACAUAACCGCCUUCGGCUGGGCCACACCGCAGGAGCUCGAUGACAUGAUGGCACUCGCCAUCCGCGUCAACGAUUUCCUGUCCGGUCUUUUUCUGGGCGUCGGUAUCCGCCUCGUCGACUUCAAGAUCGAGUGCGGCCGUCUUUUUGAAGGCGACAUGAUGCGCAUCGUCGUCGCGGACGAGAUUUCUCCCGACAGCUGCCGGCUGUGGGAUAUCGAGACCAACGACAAGAUGGACAAGGACCGUUUUCGCCGGGAUCUCGGCGGUAUGCUUGAAGCCUACCAGGAAGUUGCCAAGCGUCUCGGCAUCAUGAUCGGCAACGAACGCCCACCCAACUCGGGCCCGACAUUGGUGCAGUAA